GCAAAACAAAUCCUCCUUAAUUUUUUUGCACGUUUCAAUCAAUGGCCGCCGUCGGUGCCUCGCCGUUCCGUGAUCGGACGUCGGAGUUCGUCUCACUGUCGCAGACGCUGAGAAGGAUCGGUGGAAACGCAGCAGCUCCGCCGCCGCCGCAGCUGAACGAAUCGAUCGCAGUGACUCCGGAUAGGUCGGAAUUCAAUAAGAAGGCUUCCAGAAUCGGCCUUCGCGUCCACCAAACCGCGCAGAAAAUAGAUCGUUUGUCUAAUUUAACCAAAAGGUCGUCUAUUUUUGAUGAUCGGAGCAAGGAAAAUGAAGAAUUAACCGCCUUGAUAAAAAAUGACAUCACAGCACUUAAUAUGGCUAUUUCUGAGCUGCAAAACGUCCAAACAAUGGAGGUUGCUGAUGGAAAUUAUACGGGGGAUAGAGUGGUUCAUUUGACUGCUGUUUGUGAUGAUUUAAAGAACAGACUUAUGAAUGUGACCAAGCAGUUUCAAGAUGUAUUGACCACUACAACAAAGAAUAUCAAGGCUCGUGAGAACCGGAAACAAUUAUUUUCCACGUCUGUAUCAAGGGAGAAUCCUUUUGCUUUAAAGCAACCACCUAAUACCGUGUCAGAACCACCCCCAUGGUUGAGCUCAUCUGAUUCAUCCAGAACAAAUCUACAACAAUCAGUAGCAAUAGGCAGUGGCACUCAAGAGCCCAAUCAGCUACGGCGACGAAUGGGUACUGAUGCCAGUCCCUCCCCUCAAAUGGAAGCUGCAAUGCUGCAGCAGGUGGUUCCUCGGCAAGAAAACAUUCAUCACAGUCGAGCCACUGCUCUUCAAAACGUGGAGUCUACGAUUUCAGAACUCAGUGGGAUUUUCACACAUUUAGCCACAAUGGUUGCGCAGCAAGGGGAGCUGGCAAUAAGGAUUGACGAUAACAUGGAUGAGUCACUAGCAAAUGUUGAAGGUGCUAGUAAUGCCUUGCUGAAAUACCUGAACAAAAUAUCUUCAAAUCGGUGGCUCAUGAUUAAAUUGUUUCUGGUUCUAAUAUUGUUUCUCGUUAUAUUUAUAGUUUUCGUGCUUUAGUUCGUGUGUCGCCUUUAGAUUAGAUUUUAGACACCAUGCCUGCUGCAGCAAAUGCUGCACAUUUGAGAGUUUGUGUUCAAUGUAUAUAUAACCAAUGUGAGCUUGCUACAUUCAAAUAUUAUUAAUAACUAUUGCUGCAAAUAACACAAUAUUCACCUGGAUA